GGAAAAAGAUAACAAUGGAGAGAGCAAGCUCGUCUAGACAACAUCGAAAUAUACAAGAAAGAAAUAGGAGACUGCGAAUGAGAGAACUCUGCAGCACCCUUGUUUCUCUCCUUCCUCCUCAACCCACCAGGGUGACAGUGUACGAGUUGAUAGGUGAAGCAGCUAAUUACAUAAACCAAUUGAAGGAAAGAAUUAAAGCAGCAAAUGACGAGAGGAAUCAAGUAUUGAAGUUAUUAGGAGGAGGCAAUGGUGAUCGUACGGGCGAGGAAAUUAGAGCGGUGGUGAAGUUAACGAGUCGGAAUCAGUGUUCUCUGGAAGUGAAUAUAAUUAGUGGUACCAACAAGACGUUCAUGUUACAUGAAGUUAUCAGUAUUCUCCAGGAAGAAGGUGCUCAAGUCUCAAAUAUUGCUCUCCACAAUAUUGUAGGACACAGAACCAUAUAUGUCAUACACUCCCAGGCAAUUAACUCCCGAAUCGGCUUGGAGACAUCAAGAAUAGAAGAGAGGCUAUUGGACCUCCUGUGUUGAGUUCAAUGGAGAUCUUGCUCAUCUGAAUAUACGUCUAUAUGUUUAUGGAAGCUGUAGUGCAUGCGUCUGAUAUAUGGCGAAUCA